AUGCAACCUUUAUUAAAAUAUAUAAUACAGUUGCUCCUGUUAUCACAAUAUGUAUUCGCAAAGAGAAACUUAGUAGCGACAUCCUUAGUGACAUGUAUGGAAGGAUCACAAAUUUCUUCAAAUAGUUUCGACGUUGUAUUUCAACCUGAUGAUAGAUCAUUACAUUAUACUUUAGAUUUAACUACACAAAUUGAUUCAUAUAUUUUGGCUUAUAUUGACGUUUAUGCUUAUGGGUUUAAAAUUAUUACUAAAAAUUUUGAUGUUUGUUCAGAAAAUUGGAAACAAUUUUGUCCAGUUCAUCCAGGUAACAUCGAAAUUGAUUCUAUUGAAUAUAUUUCAAAAGAUUUAACAGAUGAAAUUCCAGGGAUCGCUUAUAACGUCCCUGAUAUUGAUGCUUAUGCUAUUGUUAAAGUAUAUUCUGCUAAUAGUACAGAAUAUUUAGCUUGUAUUCAAGUAUUUUUCUCAAAUGGUAAGACAGUAUCUCAAACAGGUGUAAAAUGGGCUACUGCUGUUGUCGCAGGUAUUGGUUUAUUAUUAUCUGCUAUCCUUUCAACUUUUGGGAAUUCUACUGCUGCAUCUCAUAUCUCAGCAAAUACUAUGUCUUUAUUUCUUUAUUUCCAAUCUGUUGCUGUUAUAGCAAUGGAACAUGUUCAUAGAGUUCCACCUAUUGCAGCUGCUUGGGCAGAAAAUUUGGCUUGGUCUAUGGGUCUAAUUAGAAUUACGUUUAUGCAAAAGAUCUUUAGAUGGUAUGUUCAAUCUACUGGUGGUACACCAUCAUUAUAUUUAACAGCCACAACAAUGUCUGUAUUAACUCAAAGAGCCAUUGAUUUUACCAGUCCAUUAUGGAAACGUGCUGAAAAUAUAUUGUAUGGGAAUCAAAAUACAUUAAUCUUUAGAGGUAUCAGAAGACUUGGUUAUAGAAUGAAUAUAGAAAAUACUGCAAUCGUUUGCACAGGUUUCACUUUCUUUGUACUUUGUGGAUAUGUUCUUGCAGGGUUUAUUAUGGUUUGCAAGUAUUCCUUUGAAUUAGGUAUUCGUGCUGGGUGGAUCAAUCCAAAUAGAUUCCAUGAAUUUAGAACAAAUUGGAGAAUAAUUUUGAAAGGUGCUUUAUUAAGAUAUAUAUAUAUUGGUUUCACACAAUUGACCAUCUUAAGUUUCUGGGAAUUUACUGAGAGGGAUUCCGGUGCGGUGAUUACUAUUGCUUGUUUAUUCAUAGUAUUAUCUGUUGGUUUAAUGGGUUGGGCUAUGUUUAGAACCCAUUAUUUUGCUCAAAUUUCUAUCAAACAAUAUAAUAACCCAGCAGCAAUCUUAUAUGGUGAUCAAAGAAUUUUACACAAAUAUGGGUUUUUCUAUACCAUGUUUAAUGCUGCUCAUUAUUGGUGGAAUGCCGUAUUAUUGACUUAUAUCUUUGUCAAAUCAUUAUUUAUUGGAUUUGCUCAAGCUUCAGGUAAAACUCAAGCUUUGGCUAUUUUUAUCCUUGAUUUAUUCUACUUUAUUGCUAUCAUCUAUUAUAAGCCAUAUUUGGAUAAACCUACAAAUAUUAUGAAUAUCCUAAUAUGUACUGUGACAUUAGUGAAUUCUUUCCUUUUCAUGUUCUUUUCUGAUCUCUUCCAUCAGAACUAUACUGUCUCUGCUGUGAUGGGUUGGGUAUUCUUUAUCAUGAAUGCCGCAUUUUCAUUUAUUCUACUGAUGAUGAUUCUAGCAUUCACUUUGAUGAUUGUUUGUUCAAAGAAUCCAGAUUUAAGAUUCAAACCAGCUAAUGACGAUAGAACUUCUUUCCAAAGAAAUACAGCUCAAUUAACAGACGGUAUGACAAAUGGUACACCUGCUGCCAAGGAAUUACUAGAGUUAGGUAAUGUUGCUAAAGAACAUAAUGCCAAUUGGGAAAGUGAUUUGUUUCAUAAUAAUGACGAAGAAAAUAAAGUUUAUAGAAAUAAAUCGUUCUCAACCUCUGCAAAUUUCAUUAAGAGACUCUCAUCUUUUAAACUAGGAAGAAACGCUAGUAGAACUAGCGUACCAUCAAAUCCAUUUGCUGAUAGACUAGCAGUUGCAGACCCAAGCAGUAACACAUUAUCCAAUAUUAAUACGGUAUCAAACUUAGAUUAUCGUGAAGUGACACCAUCAGAUAAUCGUCUGGAGUCAGAAUUAAACCUUGAAUCUAGCACAGGUUCAGAAUCAAAGAUCCAACUCAACCCUAACCUAAAUACCAAUUCUAGUGUUGCUAUGAAUACUACAUCUGAUUUUAGCGAUCCAUUCAGAGAUGCUAACGGUGAAAAGGCUACAUAG